GACUCAAAAUCUGAAGAAAAGAAAGUUUUGUGACCGUCAUCAUCAUCAUAGGAAACGAUGAUCGUUGAGACGGCGUCUAGUUUAUCAUGGAAUCAUAGGCUGGCCGGUACGUGUUUUCAGAAUUACUGUUGAGUAAAAAAGACAAUGGGAAAUGGAGGUUUCUAGCAAGAGAAAGCAAGUGGAUUACACAGUUUAUUUUUUAUAUUGCUUAAAUGAAAAGCAUUUAGGAGAUGUCUAUAUUGGGUAUACCGUCGACCCAAAGAGAAGAUUAAAACAGCACAACCUCGGGAUGAUAAAAGGAGGAGCGAAGAAAACAGACCGAAAAGGUCCUUGGGAGAUGAUCCUUCGAGUGCGAGGCUUCCGCAACGAAAUAUCCGCCCUCAGGUUUGAAUGGUCAUGGCAGAAUGCUACAAAACGAAAUGCUAUCGUAAGUCAAACAGGGCGAAAGAAGCGUAAGGAAUCAAAAUUGAGUUUCAACAUGAGGCUUUUGGACGCAUUGCUCAAUAUCGGCCCUUGGAACCGGGCCCCGUUAGAAGUUCUUGUACUUCAUCCCGAGUAUUUAUUAGAUUCAGAACCGUUACUACCGAACUGUCCUGAUCACAUAGCGGUGUCAACAAGAGGCGACGAGGAAGAGGAGGGAUGUGUUGAUUUGAAUGUCAAUGAGAUGUCUAACUGUUUUAUAUGCAAAGGCCCGAUUUUCAAACAGGAUGAACAUAUAUUACAUUGCUACAACACCUGUCACAGCUUGUUCCACAUUAAUUGCUGUGCCGAUUUAUUCACAAAAGGCACCUACCAUAUAAUUCCUACAAAGGGAAAUUGCCCGUGUUGUAAAGGGACUCUCAUUUGGUCCAAGCUUGUCCGUUCUGUUAUUCUUUGUGACAGUUUUCAAGAAACACCAAUGAACGAAUUGUUUUAAUGAUUGUGAUAUUUAGUUGAUAGAUAUUGAUUGUAUUUUAUCACUCAACAAAUGUAUUUUUUUAAAUUAAAUUAUUUAAA